AUGGCUAAAGUUGAACAGGCCGUGGAACUUCACAUUCGCACGGACCAGAUCCAGAAAAAACUUGUUGUUGAAAAAGUUGUAGUUGAUAUGAAAAAAAGAUGUGAGCAUCAACUUCCAUACGCUGCUUUUCAAGCAUCAAGUCAAGUUGUCACUGAUCCACAAAUAGCAGCCGCCAUACCCAGUUUUGAAAGUCUUAGGUCUACAUUAUAUCGACAGAAAGGAAAUAAAAAUGAACCACUGACACCAACAUCGUUGCGAAAUCUUUGUAUUCCCGAUAAAUAUGGAAAAUUGUGUACAGGAGAAAAUCUCUAA